AUGAGUAAACAUACGUAUACCACAGCGAACCUCACCGAUAAAGAGCUGAAGGAACAGGGAAACAGAUUGUUCAGCCUAAGGCGCUUUGAGGAUGCUAUGAACUGCUAUACAAAGGCUAUUAUAAAAAACCCUUCAGUAGCGACAUACUUCACAAACCGUGCACUAUGCCACCUGAAGAUGAAAAAAUGGGAGGCAACAUGCCAGGACUGCCGUAGAGCUCUGGACAUAGACAAUAAUCAAGUCAAAGGCCAUUUCUUUUUGGGACAGGCAUUAGUUGAACUGGAUUGUUACGAUGAAGCUAUUAAACAUCUGCAUAGAGCAAAUGACUUGGCGCGUGAACAGAAGUUAAACUUCGGCGAUGACAUCGCCGCACAAAUCCGUAUAGCGAGGAAAAAGCGAUGGAACGUACAAGAAGAGAAGAGAAUAGCGCAGGAGAUCGAACUGCAGUCUUAUUUGAAUAGGUUAAUAAAUGAGGAUAUGCAGCGUAGAAUAGAAGCAUUAAAAUUAGAAGCUAAUAACAAGGACGAUGUUAGUAGUAAGGCGUCUAAAAUAGAGGAUGAAUGUAAUAACUACAGGAGUGAAUUAAAUAUACUAUUUUCUAAAAUGGACGAAAGAAGAAGGAAACGUGACGUGCCGGAUUAUUUGUGCGGCAAGAUCAGCUUUGAGAUACUGAACGAGCCGGUGAUCACGCCCAGCGGUAUUACUUAUGAGAAGAAAGACAUCGAGGAGCAUUUGGAGCGCGUCGGUCACUUCGAUCCGGUGACUCGUGUGAAGUUGACAGCGGAUCAGUUAAUUCCUAACUUCACGAUGAAGGAGGUUGUGGACGCGUUCUUGCAGGAGAACGAGUGGGCGCUCGACUACUGA